AUGGCGACCGAAGACGAGCGCUACCGGCAAUCAAGCCAGUAUCGGCUCUGGUCCUUCACCCCGUCAAAUCUCCAAGAGCUGCGCGCAAAGACAAACUCGCUAGCAAGAGAGCAGAUCGCGCCGCGACUCUCUGCCGACCCUCCUCCCGACUUUCUCACGGCCGAGGAAGAGGUCCGCCUCGUCAAGUUCUUCACCGUCGAGCUCAUCCGCGCCGCCCAGUUCUGCGAACUCCCCACCGAGAUCCGAGCGACCGCCGCCAUCUUCCUGCGACGAUUCUACGUGACCAACUCGGUCAUGACAUACCCGGCUCCCGAGCUCCUCAAGACGUCGCUGUUCUUUGGGUGCAAGGCUGAGGGCUUCUUUUACAAGCUGAAUGCCUUUUCGGAAAAAUUUCCCAAUACAACUGGGGAGCAGAUCCUGGCUGGAGAGUUUCUGCUUUGUCAGGGGAUUCGAUUCGCCUUUGACGUUAGGCACCCGUUCAGAGCCCUCGAGGGUGCGAUUUUGGAGUUGCGGAGGAAGGUGCCUGAUGAAGAGUCACGGAUCAACAGAGUACACGCUCGCGCGCGAGAGAUUCUCAAGUUUAGUCCGUUGGUCACAGAUGCCUACUUCCACUACACUCCCAGCCAGAUUAUGAUGGCGGCAGUGUCUAUGGUGGACCGUGGGCUUCUGGAUGUCUUGAUUCCUUUGCCGAAUGGUGAGACAGGCCAGGCUGCUGUGUUGGCAAGCAUGCGCGACAAGAUCUUGGGGGCGAUUCAGAGCUGUCGUGAGAUGCUCGAGGAGGAGCCCCCAGAGAGAAUGACGGAUUAUUGGGGAACGCCCGAAAUUGUCAAAGCAAUGAAGCCUCUCCGAAAGAAGCUGCAGAAAUGUCGAGACCCCGAUCGAGCGAACCUGGUCAAUCUUCAACGAGCGAGACGAGAACAAGCUAUGAAUAAGGAAAAGAAGACGGCGGCGAACAAUGACGGUUCUGUGUUUGGAGACGACCUCGUGAGGGAGACGAAGCGGGUGAAGCUGGAGAAUGCGGAUCCCUUUGGCCCGCCUCUAUGAAUAUUGCCAAUUGGACUAGGUGGAGGUUAAUGAUGCUUCCAUCCUAUUGAUUCUUGGGAAGCCAAUCGGAAAAGACGAGAGAACCAGGGCCUUGGUGAGGCCGCGACAGCUUUUGAGGCGCGGGGAGAGCUGAAGUGGUCAGAAACAACUGACCCAAGCUGGCCAAGCCGAUCUUCGACGUGGUCUAGAUGCACGCAUGCAUCGUCGAGACGAGACGUGCCUUGGCUGAUUCGAUUCCCAGAGACGUGGUGCAACCCAUCUUGUCCAUAAGCUGAAAUGCCGUCUUAACCAUGCCGAGGCUUGGCUUCUGGGCUUGGACCAUGUCACGCCUUUUUAGGCGAUUGUUUGGCCAUGUUCACCCACAGCCGAGCUGUGCUGCUGCGAUACCUGAGGGAAGGUCUAUGACGAUAUGAAGCGACCGGAUCGACGUGUAUAAAUGGCGGGGAGUGGGGUUUCCGGCUCUGGGCAGCCGGUGGAGGGGAGGAUGGGGACGACAUUGCCGCGGCCUUUAUUUGCCUGGAGUCUGGACCUGGGCUGAGCCGAUACACACAAGACGUCGGCAAUUGGUUGAUUCAUAGGAGGUUCCCGUUGUUGCUGGUGGUGAUGGUGGUUGUCGGUUGCGCGUCGGUGACGGCUCAAGAGUCGCGACAAGGACGGAAAAACAGGUUCUAAGCAAUGGCAUUUGACGGAUAGCGCAUGGAAUUCUUGGUUUUGAUGCAAUUGCGCUUGGCCUUCCUCUCGGCACGUCUGUCUCGUGUGUCGACGAUGGAUGUCCCCCUCCU